CCAAGAGAGAAGAAAACGGUGUAAUAUAUUUUUACACAAUUCGUGAAAAAUGACUGAAAAGUCAGAUUUUGCUCCCAAGACACCAAAAAGUAGCUACAAACAGUUAGAUGAACUGGCACAAAAAAACCGGACAGUGAUUUUCAGUAAAUUUGACCAACACCCGGAGGGAUUCCUUGCUUCCUUAACUCUAGGAGAAGAAGUGUACACUGGGAUUGGUAGCAAUAAAACAACAGCAAAAGAUAAAGCAGCGGAAGCGGCAUUAGAAAUCUGGAGUACGAAAAUAACCCCAGAAAAAAAGCAAGACAAAACACCUGUUACGAAACUAAAUGAACUUUGUCAGCAAAAUAGGAAUAUAAAACACAGGUAUGAAGAGCUUGACAAAGAUGCGGACGAUUUCGUCUUCAGAGUUUUGAUUAUGCUCGAAAAUGAGGAAGGAAAAGUGGAAACGGAAGAGGAACAUAAAGGAAAAGGAAGAUCUAAGAAGGAUGCUAAACAAAACUCUGCUUCUAUGGCUCUACAGAGAAGUUAUAUACUACAGUCCUUCACAGGAGUUGUACCGGUUGUGAAGAAUGAUACAUGUUUUUCUCCAGUUGGACGAUUGUAUGAAUGUAGACCGAGGCAGACUGGCUAUGUUCUCAUUGUGUAUUUCAGCAUAGAAAGAGAUUGGGCAGAUGUAGACGUAGACAACAUUAAAAGAUUCAUGGAAAACACAUUAAGAUUUCGAAUUGAGGUAGUAAAAGAUCCAACUAAAGAUGAAUUAAUCAAAGUACUAGAAGCCACAUACAGACAUCUAAACGACCACUCAAGUGCUUAUUACUGUUUCACUUUUUUCCUCAUGGGUCACGGAAGUCAGUUUGGAGUAAGGACAGCUGACAAGGGGAAAAAGAAAAUGACAAUCAGUGUUGACGAAAUUUUAGAAUACUUCAAAAAUAACAAAAUGCCUGAAUUUACUGGAAAACCCAAAAUGUUUUUCCUCCAGUGUUGUCGAGGGGAGUCACUUCAGGAGACCUUAAUACAGCCCGACACUGAUGAAGAGGAUAGUGAUAAAAUCAGGGUACCGACUGAUGGAGAUAUUCUUAUUGCUCAUGCUACAACUGAAGGCUAUAAAGCCUAUAGAUUUAAAGACAUUGGAUCUAUUUUCAUCUUUAACUGUAUCAAAACCUUUGAAGAUAGCUACACAACAAUGCAUCUAGAAGAUAUGAUGAUAGAUGUAAAAGCCGUUAUCGCUCUUGAUCCAAGAUGGCGCCGAACAAAAGAGCAUGCUCAGAUGCCUUGUACAUGGAGCACAUUGACAAGAAGAUUCUACUUUUUACCCACCGAUAGAUGAGAUGUACUUUUAUCUAGUGUGAAGUUUCAAUCUUUCAAACACUGGUCCUCAUCUGUGUAUUUUUACGAAUUAUUAAAAUUGUUAUAGUUAUCAAAUUAUUGCGAAAUAUUUAUCCGAUAUUUUAAUGCAUUUAUUAAUUUAUAU